AUGAGCAUUGAAACUGUAAAAUUUGCUAAGGAAAAUGGGAUUACGUUGUUAACGCUGCCUCCGCAUUGUAGUAACAAGAUGCAGCCAUUAGAUGUGGCCGUCUAUUCCCCACUUAAAGUAAGAUACAAUGCUGCAUUAAGUAACUGGAUGAUAAGUAAUCCUGGAAAAACAGUAACAAUUUACAAUAUUCCCACAUUUAUUAAAUCAAUAAUGUCAGCAGCUUUUAUCCAAGCAAAUAUCCUUAGUGGAUUUAGAAAGUGUGGGAUUCAGCCGUUUAACCCUGACAUAUUUACUGAUGAAGAUUUCUUGUGCUCAGAUGUGACCGACAGAGAUAAUUCUGACGGCCAAGUCCAACUAGAUUUUUCCGGAUGUCUGGCAGAAGAUUCGUUAGCAAUUCCAUCUACUUCUGGUGUUACAGCAACAGGAAUUAAGCAAACUCAAAUCGCUGUAAAUUUGGAAAAUAUAAAUAAAAACGCAUCCAACGAAAUUCCCUCAACUUCUGCUAUUACAGAAGCAGAAAUCGUGCAAACUACACCUGAAAAUAUGGCUGUAAGUACGACAAUAUAA